UUCAAGGUCUUGGUAAUUUGGACCUAAGACUCUAAAGCCCAGGCACUUUCCUCUAUAGAGUCUAUACCAAGCUACCUAAAAUCUGUUCAGAGGUUAUGGAUGACAAGCCCAGUCCUGGAGCCGUAAGUGAGAGUUCAGAACAUCUCUUCUCCUUUGGAGUUAUAGCAGAUAUUCAAUAUGCUAACUUAGAAGAUGGCUAUAAUUACCAAAGAACCAGAAGAAGAUACUACAGACACAGUCUUCUUCACUUGCAGGGUGCUAUUGAACACUGGAAUAGAGAAAGCAGUCCACCCUGCUGUGUCCUUCAGCUUGGAGAUAUCAUUGAUGGCUACAAUGCGCAGUAUAAAGCAUCAGAAAAGUCACUAGAACUUGUUAUGAACGUGUUCCAAAGGCUUAAAGUCCCAGUUCAUCACACGUGGGGAAAUCAUGAAUUCUAUAACUUCAGCAGAGACUAUUUAACAAACUCUAAACUGAACACAAAGUUUCUAGAAGACCAGAUUGAACACCAUCCUGAAACUGUGCCUACGGGGAGUUUUUACGCUUACCAUUUUGUUCCAUUCCCUAAAUUCCGGUUCAUUUUACUCGAUUCUUAUGACUUGAGUGUCUUGGGCGUGGACCAGUCCUCUCCAAAAUACCAGCAGUGUCUGAAGAUGCUGAAGGAGCACAAUCCAAAUAUGGAAUUGAAUAGUCCUCAAGGACUUUCUGAGCCUCAGUUUGUCCAGUUUAAUGGAGGAUUCAGCCAAGAACAACUGAACUGGUUGAAUGAAGUCCUUACAUUCUCUGACACAAACCAAGAAAAGGUGGUGAUCGUGAGUCAUCUUCCCAUUUACCCAGAGGCCUCUGACUCUGUGUGCCUGGCCUGGAAUUACAGAGACGCCCUCGCAGUCAUUUGGUCUCAUGAGUGUGUGGUGUGUUUCUUCGCCGGUCACACCCAUGAUGGUGGCUACUCUGAGGAUCCUUUUGGUGUGCACCACAUCAACGUGGAAGGAGUCAUUGAAACAGCUCCGGACAGCCAGGCUUUUGGCACGAUUUAUGUCUAUCCCGACAAAAUGAUGUUGAAAGGGAGUGGCCGAGUUACAGACAGAAUUAUGAAUUACAGGAAGGAAAAACCUUUUCCACUUUUAGUCUGAUUUAUUUUAUCCAUAUAGAAAGAGGAGACUUAGCUUCAUGUUUGUGCUCUGCUACCCCACCCCUAACUCCUCAGCCUCGUUGUUUAGUGUUCUGUUGGUGUAACAAAAUGUAUUAUAUGGCUUCAGUGUUUUGCUCAUAAGACAUUCUGAAGUCAUUUUGGAACUAUAUCCAGUGCUAAAAAUUGGAAAGAAAAUGAAUAAAAGUGCCAUGAAUGAACCAGGGAGGAGACCGGGCAGGGUGGGGGUGGGGUAUAGUCCUCAAAACAGACUUUAUUUUAGCCUUACCUGAGACUUUUAAAAUUUUUUUUACGAGGAGAAUAUGCUCAUUUACUAGCUAUGUAACUUAAAAUUCAUAAUAAAAAGCAGCUCAGGUAAAGCUUUUCCUUUUAACCAUCCUGUGCAAAUGAACUUUGGACAUUUUUUUGCUCAGAAUAGCCAUCAUAUUAUAUUUUUAUAAGCUUGUGUUCCUAUUUUGUAGACCAAAACUGUCAUGUUACUCCACAGGUGAAUGAAUGAAUGGUGCUCCCAUUCCCAUAAGUGAUGUGUGCCUCUCGUGUGAGGCUAUAAGAAGGGCCUUCAGAGAAGUUAUGUGGCCAGUGCAGCUGUGUGCCUGUUUCUGGGGUCUGUUUGGGCCACCAGCUAGAGCUGCAUAAGGAUAGACAGCAGCUAAAUGAAUUCACCCUUAACUCCCUUCGUAGAUAAAUGGGACGUGUUCAAUUCAGUUGUCACACAUGCUAAGGCUUAUUUGCAGAAACACUAUAUGGCAAAUGGGGACUGUUUGGAGUGUAGAGAAGGUUUGAUUAAGGGCUUAAAAACAGUAAGGGAUCAACCAAUGCUGAUCAACAUGAGUGUGCCUGCCCAACCCCUUACCUAGGCAGUACAGGUGUAUUUGUUUUCUAUGACUGUGGUGACAAAUCACCACAAACUUGGUGGUUUAAGUAACAUAUUUGUUCUCUUAACAGUUCUGGAGUCAAAAGUCAGAAGUUAUUUUCACUGGGCUGGGAUCAAGCUGUUGUUAGGGCCAUGCUCCAUUUUGCUAUCUAAGGUAACAUUCCCAGGUCCGGGAGAUUAGGGCCUGGGUAUCUUUGAGGGGCAUUAUCCAGCCUACCUCCGAGGUGACUGAUGUACUCCCUGCAGUAACCAACUCUAUAAUGGUGAGGAAACAGACCCCUACAUACAAGUGUGUGAAGAAAGGACUGGGAAUAUGGAGCAGGAAUUUCAUGUUGCUUGAAAGGAUUAGGGAUGACUUGAAGAAAGGUUUAAAUGGGUGUGGAAGUGCAUUUCAAGUAAACAGAAUAGCAUAAGCAGAGGCAUUGAAGGAUAUGCUGAGUUUAGGAGAUGCAAGUAAUGAUACCACGAUUCGCCGAAAGGUGCUGAGUAAUAAAGCAGGAAAAGGUUAGGCUAUGGCUGUGUGCAGAAAAGCCUUGAAUGACCAGCCCAGAGUUCAAACUUAUCUUGCCACACAGUGUGAGAACCCCAGGUUCCUGAGCUGGGCCAUAUAUGAUUAGAUUCGUGUUUCAGUCCGGGCAGUAGAUGAUGAGAGGCUGGUGUACAAAAGUCUCAGUGGGAAGAAAGAAAAUUGGGGGUGAGAAGACAUGUUUUGAUAGUAGAAAUAUUAAACUUACUAGUAAUGCUUCAAUUGAAAAGUAGAGUUUAAAAGUAAUUUCAGUAAUGCUCUUUUCUAAAGGCAGUACUCUACCAAAAGUUAGUUCCUUAUAUAUACUUACGGAGAUUUAAAAGGAGCUAUAAACUCACAUAUUCAGUGUGAUGUGGGAGAUGCAGAUAGGAUGAACGUGUAUCUUGGACAUUAUUUUUUUUUCAAAGUGGAACAUUAUUAUCUUUUAAGCACAGAAUCAAGCAUAACUUGGAGGAUGGGUAGGUUCUAUAUAGAAUUUGCAAGUAAGUCUAUUUCCUCAUGUAUGACCUUAAUAAUUAUACAAAAAGAGGUAUAAAAGCCAUAACUGCUAUACAGACUAAAUGCACAUUGGAACACUGAAAUCCUUAAAGUAAAUUUCACUUUAAUCGCUAUAAUGUCAACUAGAUUUUUUCCACUUUUACCUUAUCUAAAUCUUGAUCAAGAAUUUCUGACUAUCCCGAGGCCAUUGUGUAUACCUCCUUUAACAAACAUUUAUAGAAUACUUAAAUUGUAUUUAAGGUUAUAAGAAUAGAGACAAACUACCAGGCUCAUUUUCACUCUCCUGAGUUAUGAUUGGUGCUAAUACUUUUUGAGUGAAAUAUUUCCUACAUCUCAUGAAAUG